AUGAGUGAUCAGCGCUGCGAUAUCGCGUCCUCUGGUGACGCUAUAGAAACUCUGAAACUGAAUCGAAAAGUACCGCUGACAGCAGGGGCAGUCAUCUCCCUCUCAAUUCUUUGCAUCGCUUUAAUGUUGCCUGGAGCUGAACUGGCAAUCCCGAGCCAAAAAGAAAAAUCGCAUUCGAUGAUGUUAUCACUGAAAACGAAUCAAUCCCGCCCAUCAGCUCAACAAGAUCCACCUUGCUCGGGUUAUUUUGUAUUCGUUGUGGAUAAUUCUAUUAAUACUGCUUACAAUUAUGAUAAGAUCGUGCAAUCACUAGCAUAUAUAACAGAUAAUUGGAAAUUAGAUGAAAAAUUGCAACUCACAGCCGCAUCUGCCGCCGAUGGUUCCAUCGAUGCGAAUGAUUUCGCGAAGAAUAUCACAGAUUGGACCCACAUGUUGGAUGGUUUGAGCGAGAUGCUGGGGACUUUCGAUCCUCCAUUGACACCAAUUCAGUAG